AUGAGUAAAUUAAUGAAAGGAGCCAUUGAAAGCGAGAAGUUUAGACUUCGUCGCAUCCGAAUUGCUUUAACCUCCAAAAGUUUGAGAGCCAUAGAAAAAGUUUGCAGUGAUAUAAUGAAAGGUGCAAAAGAGAAAAACUUAAACGUUUCAGGACCAGUGAGAUUACCAGUAAAAACACUAAGGAUAACAACAAGAAAAUCCCCAUGUGGUGAAGGUACAAAUACAUGGGAUAGAUUUGAACUAAGAAUAUAUAAAAGACUUAUUGAUUUAUAUUCUCAAUGUGAAGUAGUUACACAAAUGACAUCCAUCAAUAUUGAUCCAGGAGUUGAAGUUGAAGUUAUCAUAACAGAUUCUUAA